AUGACUUAUGCGCCUGUAGAGGGGGAACUCGCCUUGGUUAAAGAGGUCGCGGAGCAGCUCCGCGACGUAAACAAGGCUCGUGACCUAUCGGUCGAGGCCGAAAGUCGCUCACUGGCGACUGAGACAGCUGUCGCCGGGUUUGCUCGGCGACUCGAGCCUCGCUUCAAACAGUCAAACGAGCCGCUACGGAGUGAUAACGCGAUCUUGAGGGGUCAGCGUCUGCCUGAUCCAUCGAGGCCUCCGCGACAUCAAGGACCACGCUAUGCGCCCCCGAUACAUUCAAAUGCGUCGGGAGAAGAUACGGGUGAUGCUGCUUUAGACGCCCGACACAAAAUGUUGAAUAUAGUCGCAUAG